GGGUGGGGUCACUCUUUCAACAUGCUCACUUCUAAAACUUUUGUGAAGAAAACCAAGAAAGGAAACGUCCUAAAGGUCGUGAGGGAGCACUACCUUAGAGAUGACGUUCAUUGUGGAGUCAGAGACUGCUCACUGUGCAAAGACUGCCCGGACGGACCUUCCCUCGACCCUUCUCCCCUCACACACUCCACUCUCUGCCAGUAUCCUCAUUUCCUACUACCAGAUACCAACAUAUGUCUCCACCAGAUUGAUUUCCUUGAGGAUCCUUCAGUACACAAUGUUAUAUUGACUCAGGUCGUUCUACAAGAAGUCCGUAACAUUAAUCCUGGGAUUCACAGGAGGCUACGAGAUAUCGUCUCAAACAAGGCAAGAAAGUUUUAUGUCUUUUCAAACGAGCAUCACAAAGAGGCGUAUGUUGAGCGACGAGAGAAUGAGGGAGCCAACGAUCGUAAUGACCGGGCAAUUCGUGCCUGCUGUCAGUGGUACAACAUACACUUAGCAAAGGGACUGGAAACUACACCACCUCCUCGUGUGAUACUACUUACCAAUGAUAGAGAGAAUAAGAGGAGGGCUAGUGCAGCUGGAAUAGAAUCAUACACUGUAUUGGAAUACGUACAGUCUCUCACUGUCUCCUCCCACUUACUUGAUAGGCUUGCCACCAUAGCCGAUGGAGAAGACAGUGACAAGUCCUCGACUCGUAAAAAGGUUUAUUUUCCGGAGCAUCUGGCCCUGUCUGUGAUACAGAGAGGCCUCAAGACUGGCAAGUAUCUACAAGGAGCAUUCCGAGGGUCUCGUGAGAACUAUCUAGAAGGUUUUGUGAGCAUUCCAUCACUGGAAAAGUGGGUCCUUGUUCAAGGACUUGAGAAUAUGAAUAGAGCAGUCCACGACGAUGUUGUAGCUGUUGAACUCUUCCCAGAAUCUUCCUGGACGAGCCCAUGUGGUAUCAUAGAGGCUGAUCUUACUAGCAACAAAGAGGAAGAGGAGACUGACACAGCUCAACUGCCUGCUGGUAAAACAAGCGAUCCUUCUCUUGUACAACCAACUGGUAAGGUGGUUGGUAUCAUAAAGAGAAACUGGAGGCCAUAUUGUGGUACACUCUUACCCCUUCAAGACAUGAAAGGGUUUCGUCACACCUUUGUACCAGCAGAGAGGAGGAUACCUCGUAUCAGAAUAGAAACAAGACAAGGACCUAACCUACUGGGGAAGAGAAUAAUGGUUAGCAUUGAUGCCUGGUCCCGUUUAGCUAGGUUCCCUUCUGGUCAUUUCGUAAAAGAAUUAGGUCCGAUUGGAGACAGAGAGACAGAAAACGAAGUUCUCCUUUUAGAACAUGACGUACCUCACCUUCCUUUCUCUCCUGCUGUCUUGAAGGACCUCCCCCAAACCCCCUGGGUCAUAACAGAUGAAGAGAUAUCCAAACGUCUUGAUCUUCGUCACCUCUCCAUAUGCAGUGUUGAUCCACCAGGCUGUACUGAUAUUGAUGAUGCUCUUCAUUAUAGAGAACUGGACAAUGGCAAUGUUGAAGUGGGUGUCCAUAUAGCUGACGUGUCUCAUUUCAUAAGACCAAAGACUGCUCUUGAUGAAGAAGCCUCUAAUAGAGGUACUACAGUCUAUCUUGCCGAAAAAAGGAUAGACAUGGUCCCGGAACUCUUGAGCUCUAACUUGUGCUCUCUUCGCUCGGGAGAGGAGAGGUUGGCCUUCUCUGUCCUAUGGGAGAUGAGCCCUGAUGAUGCUCAUAUUGUCUCCACUCGUUUUGUAAAGACCGUGAUAGAGUCUAAAGAGUCCUUGACUUAUGCUGAAGCUCAGAUGAAGAUUGACGAUAAGAGCCUGAGAGAUGAUGUCACCACUAGUCUCAGAGGACUCAAUUCUCUGGCUAAGAUCCUCAAAGGGAGACGGUUGGAGGCUGGAGCACUCACUCUCGCCUCUCCAGAGAUAAGAUUCGAGAUUGACAGUGAGACCCACGACCCGAUUGACCUGAUUAAUAAAGAGCUUAAAGAAACCAACUCACUCGUUGAGGAGUUUAUGUUGCUAGCCAACGUCUCUGUUGCCGAGGCCAUAUAUGAGGCAUUCCCAGACUGUGCGUUGCUGAGAAGACACCCACCUCCUCCUACCUCCAAUUACGACAUUCUCCUCAAAGCUGCAAAGGGUAAAGGGUUUGAUUUGAUUGUUGAUAGUGCCAAGAGUCUUGCCGACUCCUUGGAAAUGGCUCGGAUACCGGACAAUGAAUACUUCAAUACUCUCCUUCGUAUAAUGGCUACUCGCUGCAUGAUGCAAGCUGUGUACUUCUGCUCUGGGUCCAUAACUUACAAGGAGUAUCAUCACUAUGGUCUUGCCGCUCCAAUAUAUACUCACUUCACGUCUCCCAUUCGUCGUUAUUCUGAUAUCAUUGUCCACAGGCUACUGGCUGUAUCUAUAGACUCUGAUGUCACUUAUCCUUUACUUUUAGACAAGCAUCACACCCAACAGCUCUCAAAUCAUCUCAAUCAUCGCCACAAGAUGGCCCAGUAUGCCCAGAGGUCGUCUGUCUCUCUACACACUCACCUCUUCUUUAAAGAGAAGGAUAAAGUUGAAGAUGGAUUUGUGUUACUAGUAAGGCGUAAUGCCAUUCAAGUCAUUAUACCAGCCUAUGGGAUUGAGGGCAGUAUAUUUUUUGAUGAGCAUGGACAGUCUGCUCUCCAGUAUGAUGAGUCUCUACUGUCGCUGACUGUGAGUGGAACUAAGUUUUGUCUCUUUGAUAAGGUUGUGGUGAGGAUUGCUGUAGAGAAAAAGGACCUGCAGACCUCAAAGCUUGCUCUCUGUUUGGUGUCACCUGUCAUCAGUGGGAGCAAUGGAGUAGAAAGUCUUAAAGCAAAGAAGAAGAAACAUAAGUGAUUAUUAAUUUGUUUACAGACACUAUUAUAGUGUUUUUGGUACUGUAUAAUCUGUAUUAUACUUAUAAUUUGUUGUUACAAUAACUAUGAAUGUGAAUCUUCAUGGACAUUGUGUAGCACACACUGUGCUUAUAAGAAUAUAGUAUACUGUGUAAUCAUUCUGGUAUUAUCAUUUAUUAGUAUCAAUGUUAAGUUGCUGUA